GAACAUUUGACAUUAUUAGCAUUUGUUGACAAGACAGUUGACAACUUGACACAUCUUUUUAACAAUCUUGUGGUGCAGAAUAGUUCCAAAAAUUAAAUAUUUAUAUUAAUUGGAACGAUAACAAAAAUAUUAGCUUCAUUUCCUUAUCCUUCUCAAACUAAAAUGGCUUUAUUUUGCUGCAGCAGGUUAGCAAAUGGUUCAAUGUUAGGAAAUUUAGCGAAAUUUCGCAGUUCAUUGGGUACAGUGUCAUACGCCCAAGCUGCAUCUGUUCCUAAGAUAACGUUUAAGAAAUUCGAACCGCCGCAGGUAGAACAUAUUGAUAUUCGAAAUGAACGACUCAAGAGACCUUUAUCUCCUCAUCUUACUAUCUAUAAGUUUCAACUGACAAGCGUGUUGUCCAUCACUCACAGAACUGCUGGAAUUAUUCUUAGUGGCUAUGCAACAGCCCUGGGUAUCGGAGCACUUGUACUGCCCAAUGACGUGUCUCAUUACAUUUCAAUGAUUGAAAGUAUGAACUUGUCACCGGUCACCAUAUUUUUAGCAAAAGUAGCCAUUGCUGCUCCAUUUGGCUAUCAUUUUGCCAAUGGAAUCAGACAUUUAUACUGGGAUACGGCUAAAGGUCUAACAAUCAAGGAAGUAUAUUAUACGGGAUAUGCAAUGCUUGCAGCAACAGCGGCCAUCACUCUAUUCAUCGCUGCCUUAUAAAUAUAAAAUAAAUGAAAUAGAAAAACAUAGAAGUUGUUGAAUUUUUCGGUAUUAUUUAUUUGUUCUCAUUUUAAGCUAUGAAAUAAAUUCUAAACAAUUAAUU